AUGCUGACUCUUAAGUCGCCGGAAAAAUGCCUCCCUCCACACCACCUCGCGCUGCAGAUGCUGGGGGGGAGGGAAGGGGGUGCAAGGGGUGGCCGUGAUGGGAGCUGCAGGGGAGGGGGACGAAGUGCACGCCACCCUCCCCCUGCAGUGCAUGCCACCCUCCCCCUGCAGUGCAUGCCACCCUCCCCCUGCAGUGCAUGCCACCCUCCCCCUGCAGUGCAUGCCACCCUCCCCCUGCAGUGCAUGCCACCCUCCCCCUGCAGUGCAUGCCACCCUCCCCCUGCAGUGCAUGCCACCCUCCCCCUGCAGUGCAUGCCACCCUCCCCCUGCAGUGCAUGCCACCCUCCCCCUGCAGUGCAUGCCACCCUCCCCCUGCAGUGCAUGCCACCCUCCCCCUGCAGCGCAUGCCACCCUCCCCCUGCAGCGCGUGCCACCCUCCCCCUGCAGCGCGUGCCACCCUCCCCCUGCGUGCCCCACUCCUUUCCUGCGUGCCACCCUCCUUUCCUGCAUUGCACACCGCGCCUUGUUCCCGGUUACCUGGUGCACGGUUUGGGUCUGCUCCCGUGCCUUUGCCUCCCACCGCUGCUGCUCCUUCUGCACUGCUGCAUGGCGCUGACAGGUGUGGGGCGAACGGGGUAUGAGGAAGAUUUGAGGCAUGUGAGGAGGCGCGGAUGA